AUGUCUAAUUGUAAAAUCAUUUGUGAGAUGCCUGAUAUGUAAAUAAUUCAUCUUGAAUGUAAACCUUAAGACGUCAAAGAUGAAUUGUCUAAAAGAACAAAUUAAAUAUCUCAUGAUUCCAUCAUUCUUAUUGAUAUCUCUGAAACAGUAUAGAAGGGAUCAAAUUCUAUAAGUUAAACAAAAAAUACCGAAAUUAGAGAUUACAUUUAUUUCAAGGUUUAUGAUGUUACUUUACUUUAUGAAGAGCUUAUAGAAAUGAGAAAGAUUAAAGCUGAAACCGAAUUGAAAAUCAAAGAAAUCGAGGAUAAAUAUAACUUGCUCUAAUUAGAUUAAAUUACUAUGGCUAAUAAUAGUAAUAGUCAAGAUCAAAGAAUUAUAUAAUUAGAAUAAGAAAAUAAAAUAUUCUAAAGUAAAAAUAAACAAUUGGAAAUGGAAGUUGAUUCUUGGAAGAACACAAUAAAUUACAUGUGGUAAUCGUAUUCGAAUCAUCUGUCCCAAUUAAUUUUACAAUUUAAUUUUAAUAGUGCCUAAGCUAAUCAAGGUUAAUAAAUGAAGAAUCUAGAGAAUUUAGAAACAUAAAUUUAAGUAUUAUAAGUUUAAUUAUAAUAUUUAAACAAAGAGACAGAUGAACAAAAAUAAAAGUUAAAAUAAAAAAAGGAAAAAUUAGAUAAAGCUAACUCUAAUUUUUUUAAUGCUGAAAAUCAUAUUAAAUAAUAAAAUGAUAAGAUUUAAAAGUAUGAAAUAGAAAUAAUACACCUAAAAGAUAGUAUUAACAAAUAAGAAUUGAACAAUUCACACUCUUUAAGUUAUACUCAAGAUGAUGGAAAGAAUGCUUUAAUAAGUAAGGAAAACCAAAUUUAAAAAUUAUAAUAUAGUAAUAACAAUUUAACUUAAAAGAUUUAAAAUUUAGAGUUGGAAAUCUAGUAGUUAAGUGAUUCUAAAUUGAAUGUGGAGACUUAAAACAAUAUUUUAAACUGUAAAAUAAUGAGUUUGGCUUAAACUAUUGAUCAAUUAAAUUAGGAGAUUUAGGCUAUGCAAAUCAAAAUAAUAAGAAAAGUUUCUGAUUCGAAUAAAGGAAUAAUAAAUAAUAAUAAAGAUAACGAAAAAUAACUUGAGUCUGAAAGUAAAUUUAAAAAACUAAAUGAAGAAAUGAAAGAAAAAUAGCAUUAAGUUGAAAUUUAAUAAUUAUUUGAUGAAAUUAAAAUAUAAAGUGCUGACAUUUUGAGGGCAAAACAAACAGAAAUAAAUUAAUUGAAGGCAGAAAAAGAAGAGUAAAUAAAGCUAAUCUAGGAUUAAAAUAAUAAGUUUGAAUAAAACUUAAACUCUAAAAUUCUCUAAAAUAAUAUGCUGGAGCAAGUAAAUUACGGACUCUAUUCAAAUUUAGAAUAAUCAAAUCAACAUUUGCAUAUGAAAUAUUAAGAAAAUAAUUACUUAACUGAAACGAUAUAUAAUCUUCAAAAAUCAUUAGAUAUGGAAUAAUAAAAUUCAAUAGCUGAUAUCGAAAAACUAAAAUCUAAGUUAAAGUAAUAAAAAGAACAAUUAGAAGGCUUUGCUUAGGAAGGUUUGUAAGAAAUACAAACUAUUGUUUCAUAGUAAAAAGAUUAAAUUAAAAAUUGUGAAAAUGAAAUAAAAAAAUUAAGGGAUUAUAUUGAUGAUUUAGAAAUGAAACUUUAGAUCCUAAAUACUAAGGUAGAAGAGGCUACAUCUAAUCUCUAAAGAAAAGAGAUAGAAAUUAAAAAGUAUAAAAAUAUAAAUCAGAAUUUAAAUUAACAAAUUGAACAAUUAUAGUCUGACAAAUUAUAAUUAAGAAAUGAAAAAUAGAAUUUAGAGUUUAUAACAAGUUGCUAAAACUAACGAAUUAUUGGAUUAAUGUCAAAUCUAGAUGAAUUGGAUUAGAUUGAAUCGGAUUUUUUUAAAAAUAAAUCAGAUUUCGACACCUAAACAGAUCAAUUGAGAAUUUUACAAAAAUAAAAAGAACUUCUUGACCUAGAAAAUAAUGAUUUAAAAAAUUCAUUAUAAUAAUAAUGGAAAGAAUUGUAACAAUAAAAAGUGGACGAAAAAUAAUGUAGUGAAAGUAAAAUAAUACAAUUGGAAUCUAUAAUUGCUAAAUUGGAAUAAGAAUUAAUGAUGGUUUGUAAUAAUAAUAGAGAAAUCUAAGAUACUGUCAGAUAGUGUAAACUCAAGAUUAGUGAAAAAGAGGGGCGUAUAAUGUAACUAGAAAUUUAAUUGAAUCAAAAGGAAAAAAAAAUUUAAGACUUAAUUGCUGAGUUAUAACUCAAUAUCAAAAAUCAUAUACUUUCAAAAUUAUCAAAUUAUGAUGAUACAUAUAAUGAUAAAAUAAUUGGUAUUAUGGAAAAAAUAAUGUCAUCACCAUAUAAAAUAAACCAAUUUAAAAAAGAUGAAAAUAUUAAGUUUGAUCUGGAGGAAUAUGAAAUUUUUGAGAUAAGUUCAGAUAAUGAAUAGGCAAAACAGCUUUUGAACAACAAUUAGAUUUAUUUAUUUGAAAAAUGUUUAAGAAAGAUUCCAAAGGGAAAAGUCACCUUAAAUAGAAGUAAAUAACCAAGUGCUGUAUCUACAUUUUUUAAGGGUUAUUUAAGCGUGGUAAGUGAAGCAAGUUAAAAUGAGUUUAAAGGAAAAUUCUUUUUAAUAAAAGACCUAAACACAUAAACUCAACCAUUUACCACUAUAGAUGAGGCGAUUUAAAUGUCUAAAAAUGACUUCUUGUGUUAAUUCUUAAUGGAACAAUUUAAUAAAGUUUUAUAAUCAGAAAAAUUAAAAGAAGGAGACUAUAGAAUUGCCAGACAGUUUGUCUUAGAAAUUAAGGGUAAUUAUAUGAAUAUACUUAAUAGAUAAACUAGAAUAUUAUUAUUGUGAAAUGGUAGAGGAAGGGGAAUUCAAAAAGAUAAAUGGUGGAGUAUUCGAACUUAAAAUUAGUGAAGUAGAUUCCUAUUUUAAUGCUUUCACUAAAUAUGUCUAUACAUUUUCAAAUCAUAACUAUAUUAUAACUUAUCUUUAAAUUUGUGGAAAAAUAGUUUAUGAUAUGAUAGUAAGUACUUCAAACAAAUGGUUGUUUUCAUUUUAAGAUUAAGGAUAAGCUGAAAUUUAAUAGGUUUUAGAAAUUCUUAAUAUGAGCCCUAUGUUUUGGAAUGAAAAAGUAGAAAAAAUUGCUUAGAAAGGACUUAAAUGA